ACUCGCAAAUCUACCUACAGAAAUAAUACACACUCUUAUAAAAGAGCAUAAAUGUUAUAGUUUACGUUGUAUUUCAAAAAGACUCUACUCUAUCGCAAUUGACAUUACCUAUACGGGAAAACUCUAUAGUCCAAAAACACCAUCAACCAAUGAUAGCACACUAAUGAGUGUACAAUCUUAUCUACAAUUUCUUCAGAGAACUCCUGGAAUGGCUUACGCAGAGUCAAUAAAGGGAAUUAUACCUCAACCUUGAUCACUUUACAGGUAAUGCACGUUUUGAAGAAUGUGGUGAGAUGUCUGCCUGUAUUAAGACAUUUCCAAAUUUGGAAACAGUUGAGAUAACUUACGAGAGAAUGUUCGAUGAAGAGGAUAUCCCCAAGCUGGUUGGGUAUUCCAAUAGCGUUAAAGAACUCACUAUUAAUAUCCACAAAAUAGAUACACAAGCUAUAAAGCCACUCGUGGAAGCCAUAGUUGAUCAAUAUCCAAAACUUCAAAUACUUAAAGUUCAACGUCCAUCAUUCGUCCGUCAACCUGGUUUUGAUCUUUCUGCUCAAAAGUCU